AUGGGUGACUGACAGCUGCAAACACCUUGUCAAAUCCAGAAGUGCACCACCGAUUUUGUAUCCUUAACUUCACAUCUAAACUCAGCUGUUGGGGACUUUGAUUUGGAGUUCUGCAAGGCCCUGUGAGCAUAUUCUGCCUGUACCUAUCACAAUUCCAAAGAAUGCUAUGGAAACCUAGCCUAAUAUUCUGCAGUGCUUGGGAUCAGUGACCUCAUGAGCGAGAGAAACUGCUCAAAAGAUGGACUGACAUCAUUCACCAAGCCUGAAAUGACCCAUGAUCCCUGCAAUUACAGAGGCCACACAUCCAGAGAACAUCAGGAAGGGGAGAAGGCUGCUUCUUCUACUUACCUAUUCUGUGGCUUGUUUGGUGAUCCUCAUCUGGGGACUUUAAAGGAUCACUUCCAGACAUGCAAAGUGACAGGUACUUGGCCCUUCAUAAACAAUGCCUAUUUAUCAGUACAAGCAAACAAUGGGCCUGUGGUCCCAGGAUCCAGUUCUACUGCUACAAAUAAGAUAACUAUUGUCUGUAAAUCAUACCAAGACUGUACAGAUCAGAAAGCAUAUCAAGCAGUGACUGAUGACUUGCCUGCAGCAGUGUUAGGUGGAUGGGACCAGACUCUUCUCAGUGGUGUCCAGUGACAAAACAAGGAGUGAUGGUCACAAUCUGGUAAACAGGAGGUUUAACCUAAAUAUAAGGAUAUACUUCUUUAGUCUGAGAGUAAGAGAGCACUGUAACAAGCUGCCCAGGGAGGUUGUAGAGUUUCCAUCCCUGG